GCUUCCGCAUUAAGACCUGCACUGACCUGAUGAGCAAUGGUCUAACGUGGGCACUGCGCUGACAUUGAGGUGCAGACCCCAACGUCACCAUCAACAAAACUAUCGCCCUCCCCUUGUGGAUUUUACUGCAAUCGCUUGGCAAAGGCCCAAUUCUCGAACACAUCACCUAGUGCAGUGCGCAACAAAAUCGCAUUAUGUCACGUAAAGACCAUUACUACAAAUUGAAGAUUUAUUUUUAAUUGCUUGCUGUAAAGGAGAAUCCAUUCAAAGAGCAAAUAGUGAAGACCUUUUCUGAGGACGGUGCUGGGAAUCUGAGUUUCAAUGACUUUGUGGACAUGUUCUCGGUACUCAGUGAAAUGGCUCCUCGAGAGCUGAAGGCCAUUUACGCCUUCAAAAUCUACGACUUCAACACAGACAAUUUCAUCUGUAAGUCCGACCUGGAGAAGACCCUCAAUAAGUUGACCCGGGAGGAGCUCGCUCCUGAAGAGGUGACCCUGGUGUGUGAGAAAGUGAUUGAAGAAGCUGACUUGGAUGGUGACGGGAAGCUUAAUUAUCCGGAUUUCGAGAAUAUGAUCGGCAGAGCACCCGACUUCCUCAGCACUUUCCACAUUCGGAUCUGAAGAGCACCAAUUGAACAGGCAACGAGAUGGGUACACAGGAGAUCGAGGCUGGCUGCCCUCUGAUGCCAUGACCUCUCAGGACCCUUUGGUGGGACACGGAGCCCAUUCAGCUGAAGACACGGAGCCAGUGGGAACUCUUCCCCUCGUCUGCCGGACCGAGCACGGGGCCUGGCCGGAUUGCCGAUAACUUGAAGGUUUCUUGCGCUCAGCUCCGCGCUUUGACAAUUUUGAGGCCUCUGCGACCGGUGGCGAUGGGGCCUUUCACCGGGACAUGGACAUUCCAGAGCAUCUAGCAAUCUCCUGACGCCUUCCCAUGUUUCAGAAGUUUAUUCUAGAAAUUUCUACUGGAGGCCAAGACGGACAAUGAAAGUGAAAAGGUGCAGACAGUACACACUAAAGGAAGCACAGGAAAAUCUCUAGGGCUAAAAACUCUUUAAUGUCAGUAUUUUCUAUCAGGACAGGCAGUGGCGCUUUAUCGCGGUUGCAAGGAAACAUUUCUAUUUCUUCACGGUUUUGUAAUUGCUUGCUGCAGAUGUCUAAAGUAUUAAUGUUCACUCAAGGUUGUUUAUUGAAUGAUGAAGGGACUGAUAAGGAAAGUCCGCCUCAUCCCAUCCCUCCUGAGAGAUAUUCUCGCCUGUUUUGCAGGUAGAUCAAGUGCAAAACUUGAAUCCUUUACCCCUUGCCCUCUACCCUCCCUGGCCUUUUUUUCUACUUGCUGUGAAAAACCCGACCACACACACACACACACACACACAAAAAAGGUGACUCUCACAAGCACACAUUGUUAUCAUGACAGGAUCCGUUUUUCUACUCCCUGCAUUUGCAAUCUGGCAGUGGACAGAUUUUAACUGGCUGCUAACAAUGGGGCAGAGCACAGAGCCAGUACGAGGGAGAAAGUGAAGACCAUUCCCUGAACAGCUAUGCAAUCUUGAUCAUAAAAAUGCAUGAGUGUAACCUUCACCUACCCACCCCCCACACCCACCCCUCCUUGCUGCAUCCCCACCUGUAUCUUCCAGUACCUGAUUACUGAUGCACAAUGACAAUCAUGUGACUGUGAUACAGUCAAUGGAAGGGCUUUGUCAUUAAACUGCUUGGAUCCAUUCCAACCCAGAUUCUCCCCAGCUCCUCAUUUAAUAUUUUCCUCUCUCAAACCCCUUUUUAUUUUUACAUUUUUUUUGCUUUUUGUUUGUCGCAGCCAAAGGUGAACGGUCAAUGUCCACUGAUAUCUCCUUUUCCAGUGUAAAGCCUUGUCGAAGACUUCUGGAUAUAUUUUGAAUAUAUGGCUUUUC